AUGGAAGGGCACACUGUCCUUCAUACUGCCGACGUGGUCAGCGCCAUUGGUAAUGCGGAGAUCAAGGACACUCCCAACAAGGGCUCAUCAUUGCUUGGUGCUCUUGCCCCUGAGCUCCUAUCGCGUAUUUUCAAAGCUGUCGCCGACGAGGAACACGCGUUGUAUGAUCUCGGUUGGGUCCGGUUGAUGCUCGUUUGUCGCUACUUCCGAGAAGUCGGUGUCGCACAUUGCGAGCUCUGGAGCUAUCAUGCGAUACCCAAUCCUGCAGCUCGGACUCUACCCCCUCAAUCCGCUCUGGGGUUCUAUAUGGCCCGCGUAGAACGAGCCAAGGGUUGGCCGCUCAGCGUCAGACUCCAAUACGACCGAAAGACAGCGGAGCUCUUACAAAGCCCAGGCAGCCCAUUUUGGGAUGCACUCACGGGGAACCUCAAAGCUCUGUCCGUUGAAUUGCCGCGAACUCGGGCGCGAGUUAUUGGUGGCACCAAUUGGGACUCGCAGAGCGCUGUGCACGCCUUCCUCGACCGCUUCGCAGUCGUCAAGCACUCUGGCCUGCAGGAUCUCCACCUGCAGGCCACAAAAAAUGCACAAGCAUACGAUCACGAAGUGUCGCGCAUCCUGUCUGGCUCGACUAUGCGUACACUCAGCCUGGGCCUUAUUCCCCGUAAGGUCGCGAUGGACCUCCCAUUCCUCACCGACCUCACCCUGUCGUUACCCUCUCUGGAUGACAUCGUUGUCGCACUGUCAGACCUUCUCAAGCUCUGUCCGGCACUUGUUACGCUGAGGGUGAUCGAGGUGAACGGAUUUUACCGACACACCCGCGAUCUUCCCUACCCGCCGCUCAAAAUUGCACUGCCCAAUCUUCGCAGCAUCAGCUAUCACGGUGAUGUUACCGUGCUCAACGCGCUGCUCGACUGCUGCACUCUUUCAUCAUCCGAGCAUCUUUCCCUCAACCUUGUUGGCAUGGAGCCUGCCACAGGACCCACGCAGCUCGCCUCUAAUCUCAGAACCUACUUCCUCUCUUCGCCCCCGGCAAUUGCUGGAGACUGGACAUUAUACACCUAUGCCAAUCGAUUCUACAUUUCCUCUCGUCGCGAUGGAGUUCAGGCAGAUGUCGCAGUCAUCGUCGCUGGAGACCAGCAUGUCAAUCCCGAGCUGGAUUUGGACGACAUGGCGGGCAUACUCUUGCCAGUGAUACUCUCAGCUGCUCCAUUGGCGUGCAUCGAUACGAGAUUCAAGAGUGUGCAUAGAAGGGUCUCGAGAUUCAUCGACGAACAACCGACCAUGCCUUCAAUACCAUUCGCCAUCGACAACGCGGUUCUCGUCAUCGAACCCGGGAACCCUGCGCACCUCGUACUAGACAUCCUUCGCGCCCUCCUUCUUGCCUCCGAUGUGCGCACACGCGUCACUGGCAUCUGUAUCGACUUGGCGAGAUUGCGCGGCAAGGAAUUCGACGCGGAGUACGUCUCAGAGACAUUCGACAGUCUCUGUGCGUACUUGCGAGAGCUGAAGGCGGUGAGGAAGGCUUUGGCUAAUGUCGAGGUUCUGCAUGCGGACGUCUUGGAGGGGCAGGAUGGGAUUCUUCGGCUGGAUACUAUGCUGGGUUUAGUGACGAGUGCGGUGAUAGUUGACGGUGUAGCUCAUUUAGCGACCUGA